AUGGACACAGACACAGGCAUGCACCAAAACCAACACAACAACCAACAGUUCAAAAUCCAGCACCACAACAACAACCAACAGUUCAAAACCCUGCACAGCAACAACAACCAAAACCAACAGUUCAAAAUCCAGCACAGCAACCAACAGUUCAAAACCCUGCACCUGCACAACAACCACAACCAAAACCAGCACAACAACCACCUCCACAACCAGCACAACAACCAGCACAACAACCAACAGUUCAAAACCCUGCACAACAACAACCACAAACAGAGCAAGGACAUAAAAGAAGUAGAGAACAAGGAAACCAAGAAUUCUUAA